AUGACGACAGACGAGGGCUACUGGGAGACCUACUAUUUGCGCAGCUUGCAGCGUCGCGGCGGCGUCCUACGCCGUGAGGACUGCUACUGUCGCUGCGACGAGCUGCUGCCGCUGCUGGCAGAGACGCUUCCGGUUCUGGCAACGGCGGUCACGGUGCUGGUGGUGGCGGCGGGGACGUCGGAAGUGCCACAGGUGUUGGCCAUGGAGGGGAUGAAAGUGACCGCCAUGGACGUCUCUUCCAGCUGUGUGGAAGCCAUGCGCAGAGUUGAUGACCGUGUGGAGUGGUACCAUGGGGAUGCCUUUGCAAUGCCGGAGGACUGGUCGGAGACCUUCGAUUUGGUGAUUGACAAAGGUCUCAUCGGACACAAGGCGCCGGAGGAUCUGCAGUGUGUCCACAAGCUCUUGGCCGAGUAUGGACGAGUUCUACGGCCAGGUGGACAAGUGCUGGUCGUGGCACUCUCUCCGAUGCUGCUUGGCGCCCCAGAGUGGCGCCAACACAUGGUGCAGUUGUCCGGCUGUGUGGCCUACAUGUUGCAGAAGGACCCUCCAGAUCGACCUGGUUGGAUUUCGAAGAUCCAAACGUCGGGCCGGGAAGUCCUGGUCCAUCUCCAGUUGACGUCAUCGGAACGUCAGCAGUUGCAGCUCUCCACCGGCGGCGGCGCAAGCAGCGCGUGCCGGGCACGGCUGGAACGACUUGACACGGGGGAAGUGUGGAUGCUGCCAUUGAGUGCAGGAUGUAGCAGCGCCAAGUGGACCCGAGAUGGAUUGAAACUGACCUUGGAAGACAUGGAUGACAUGGAUGAGACGGGUGAAGCUUUCCAUAGCGCCUCGCGCCUCGUGAUCCUGCUGAAGAUGCCAAAGUCGGAUUCGACCAGAUAUGACCAGAUGAUCCUAGUGAUCAGUGUCAGGAGAGUUGAGAACGACCCUGUGAAUGCGGAGGCUGAGUUGACAAGUGUUGAUUUGGUGCAAGGCGCGGCGCCUUUCGAUAGCGUCGGCUGCAACCUUUUCAAGCGAUCGCUGCACUCCAAGUCUCGGGCACGAUUUGGACACCGAAGCUGGCGGGAGUUUAUGAAGGAGACGGCCUUUGAUCGUAGGGCAAAGUUCCCACAGAUCGGAGAGCGCUCAAGCACACCCACAGGCUCCCCAAGGCUGUGUCAAGAAGCCUUGCAACGGCGCUUGCAGAACCUCGAAGAAAAAACGAAGGACCGGUCGCGAGCAAUGGUCAAGCCCACGGUGAGGUUCGACACCUGGGCAGAGAAACCAAAUCAGUUUCACGAAUGGCCGAGCACUUUCAACGUGCGCUUGCUGGACGUUAAGAAGCAGGUGAAGGCGGUGGCAAGCCAGCGCCGCUGCGCUGAGCGGAAGGCAGAAAUGGCCUAUGUACCGCCCUGCGCCAAAGCGCCAUUUACCAGGAUUCGGCUGAAAUAUGGCGGAGCUUCACCUGCGGACAUCAUCCGUCGCACGGGUCCAGGCCCUUGUCCGAAGUCCGCUGCCGCCUAA